AUGUUUGGUUUGGAAUAUAAUUACUGUAAUACAGCUUGGUCUGUGGGCUAUGUAAUCGGACAAAUUCCAGGUAAUAUUUUGUUGAACAGAGUAUCUCCCCAUUAUGUGAUCUUUGCUCUCGAGUUCGGAUGGUCCAUCAUGACGUUGUGUACUACAUGGGUCAAGAAUUGGCAUCAACUGUGCUUCAUUCGAUUCAUGGUUGGUCUUUUUGAAAGUGCAUAUUAUCCAGGUUUACUAUUCCUAAUCGGAUCAUGGUAUACGAAAGAUGAGUUGGGUAAGAGAUCAAAUAUCUUUCAAGCUGCAACAGCAGGUGGUACAUUGAUAUCAGGAGUGAUGCAAGGAGGUGUAUAUAAAACGUUGAAUGGUAGAAAUGGUAUAUCAGGAUGGAGAUGGAUUUUCAUCAUCGACGCAAUCAUUUCAAUACCAAUAGCUAUAUCUGCUUUUUUCUUAAUACCAGAUUUACCUUGGAAGAUAAAACCUAAUUGGAUUUUCAAAGACAAAGAUUUAACCUUGGCUAAAAUCAGAUUAAACAAUGUUAAUCGACAAGGACCUAGAUCUGAUGGAUUAAAUAGGAAAGCAUUAUGGAAUAUAAUAUCAACAUGGCAUAUUUGGAUUUUUACCGCUGUUUAUAGUUGUUAUAUAUUUUCUCAAAAUCCUCAACAAUCCAUGUCGUUCUGGCUCAAAUACUCUAAAGAUCCUCUAUAUUCUAUUCCACAAAUCAACUAUUACCCAUGUGGUAUUUGGUCAACUCAGAUUAUAUCUGCUCUUGGUUUCGCUUGGAUCAGCGAUAACGUAUUGAAAGGUAGAAGAUGGCCACCUUUAUUAUUAGUAGCGCUUUGGCAUUGCAUCGACUGUGCUCUCCUUGCCGGUCUCCCAGUGUAUGCGGAUAAUAGAGCUAGUCGUUGGGUAUUAUACUAUUUGUCAGGAGUGGUGAAUUGUACACCCGGUUUACUGUAUGCUUGGUGCAGUGAGAUUAUAGGGGAAUCUUCAGAGAAAAGAGGUAUCGUCAUGGGAACUUUCAACUCGGUCGCCUUCUCGUUUAACGCUUGGUUACCUUUAUUACUAUUCAAGCAGACUGAACAGCCUUAUGUACAUAAAGGUAAUAUAGCAGCAUCAGUGGCUACCGGAUUACAAUUCGUUGGUAUUUUAGCUAUUCUAUACUUGUCGACCAGAGAUCAGAGGGAAGCAGCUGCGGCCUCGGCUGUCAAUGAGAAUAAUAAAGUAGACGGGACUGAAACGCCUAAUGUGGGUUAUGGAGGAUAUUGA